AUUGGUAACAGAACCCCAUCACUGCCCUGCCUCACUUGUUUUCUCGGAGACCUUUUCUUUUAAGCAGUGACGGAACACACAGAUCACGGCAAAAGUACCAUAAAAAAAAUCCUGUACUCCGUACCCUUUGUGCUGCAUUAUUGGGCAGCCGUUGAAAAUGGGUACCAGCUCCUUACCGGGAAUGCGUCUCCUGUUGGCGUUUUUUUUAUGUAAUUUCUGAGAAAAAAAAUACUCAUAUUUCUGUUGGGUUUGGUGUUUAUAGAUCUUAAAUUGCUGCAUCAAUGGGUAAACCGUAUUCUAAUACAUUUUGGGCUGAAUCGUGGGUGGCUAUCACAUUUGUGGGAGAAGAAUUCUGGUGUUGAUUGGUCAUUUUGAUUAGAAAGUAUAGAGCUUUAGCUUUCUAGGACCAUGGGUUUUGAUUCAUGAAGCUUAGUAGCUUCUGUUGUGGAUAAAGUGCUAUGAGUAAUGUGAUUAAUGUGGGGACAAUUGGGUGGAUUGAUGUUAUUUGGUUGCAUUCGAUCUGGUAUGUGAGGUGUUAGAGUGGUAAUUUCCAAAGUGGAAAAGAUGUCUUUCAAAAGUAUUAUUCAAGAUAUGAAAGGUGAGCUGGGAAGCAUUUCUAGAAAAGGAUUCGAUGUUAAGUUCAGUUAUGGGAUGAGAUCGAGAUCACACCGGGUUGUUCAGGAUAGCUCAGUUAGGAUUGAUGCUUUGAAGCAGAGUUGCUGGGCUAACAUGCCACCGGAGCUUUUGAGGGAUGUGCUAAUGAGGAUAGAAGCAACUGAAGAUACAUGGCCUCCUAGGAAAAAUGUGGUUGCUUGUGCUGGUGUUUGCAGAAGCUGGAGAGAGAUCAUGAAAGAAAUUGUGAAAUCCCCUGAAUUUUCUGGCAAGCUGACAUUUCCAAUAUCCUUGAAGCAGCCUGGUUCAAGGGACUCUGUCCUUCAGUGUUAUAUAAAGCGCAAUCGUAGUAACCAAACUUAUUAUCUUUACCUUGGCUUGAAUCAAGUUUCUACUGAUGAUGGAAAAUUCCUCCUUGCUGCAAGGAAGUGUAGACGUCCUACUUGCACAGACUACAUCAUCUCUUUAAAUUCUGAGGAUGUUUCAAAAGGAAGCAGUACCUAUGUUGGAAAAUUGAGAUCAAACUUUCUUGGGACCAAAUUCACAGUCUAUGAUGCUCAGCCUCCAAAUGCUGGAGCGAGAGUCACUAAAUGUCGUUCUACCAGGCUAGUAAAUAUGAAGCAAGUCUCCCCCAGAUUUCCUGCUGGCAACUACCCUGUUUCCCAUAUAGCAUAUGAGUUGAAUGUCUUGGGCUCUAGCAGGGGUCCUAGGAGAAUGCAGUGCGUCAUGGAUGCAAUCCCUGCUCGUGCUAUUGAGCCAGGAGGUGUGGCACCAACACAGACUGAAUUUAUACACGGCAGCUUGGAUAGUUUUCCAUCCAUUCCCUUUUUCAGAUCAAAAUCAACCCAUUUGGAGAGUUUCCCAUCUGCACUAGGUGAAGGAUUGCUUGUCCUAAGGAACAAAGCCCCAAGAUGGCAUGAGCAACUGCAAUGCUGGUGUUUAAAUUUCAAUGGACGGGUGACAGUUGCUUCGGUAAAGAAUUUUCAGCUGGUUGCUUCUCCAGAGAAUGGGGUUGCUGGGCAGGAGCAUGAGAAUGUCAUUCUCCAGUUUGGGAAAGUAGGAAAGGAUGUAUUUACCAUGGAUUACCAGUAUCCCAUCUCUGCAUUUCAGGCAUUUGCCAUAUGCCUCAGCAGCUUUGACACCAAAAUCGCUUGUGAAUGACUGCCAAUCAUGUUGUAGCCCCCCUACUUAGUUUGUAUUUAUGUCAAGUUCUUCUUCAAGGAAUGCUUUUUCCUCACAAUCUAGUGUUGGAAAGCUGCUUUCUUUC